ACGAGUGCCAACAUUUACCUCUGCAGAUUUGUUGCGGCGGUGUGUGCUUCCGAAUCGUCCUCUGUGGGAAUCGAGAAAGUCACCGAUAAUCUUGAGUGGUCCACGGCGACUCUUUGACAGAGCUCUUAAGUCUUCGGACUCCUUUGAAUCUGUGCUUCUCGAGUUGUCGUCGGAUUCAUACCCGGUCUUCGAGGUGCCGUUUACUGAAAGGGAACGAUGCCAGGCCUGCACGACGGCUGACGGAACAAUACGAGUUCUUGGACCACCCAUUGUGGCAGAUCGAGCGUACCUUGAGCGUUUGGCGUACGUCAACCAAGUGUCAAUUGUUGAGGCAAAAGGCGCACAAGAAACGUUUUUCCCUUCCGACUUCAUCGUUAGACGGAGCUCCACGAAAGGGGACCUGUUCCACCUGCAAACAGUAACUGACCCCCGCGUGCGUGCCAUCUGGAACUUCGGAUUUGCAAAUGAGCCCUUCGACAUGUUCAUGACAUACACCGACGCCAGUGGAAACAAGUGCCUAGCGAUGGUCUUCCGCCGCCCUAUGCGUCUUCAAAGUGGGGUCAAGGGAUGUUGCUGCGGUUGCCUCGGACAGGAGAUGCAGGUUGAAACCCCUGAUGGAACAACAAUAGCGUCCAUCGUUGAGGACAAUACAACGUGGGGAACCUCCCUCACUAUCCGCGACGCCAGUGGAAUGCCGAUACUAAAAGUUAUUGGCCCUGCCCUACCUCCUUACUGUUGCUGCAAUUGUUGCUGCAAAUGUUGCUACGCUCUCGCCACAUUCAAGGUGAAAUCAAUGGCAGGAACUCCACUUGGCGAGAUAAAGACGGACGGAUACCAUUACGUCGAUUUGUCGUUCCCCACGGACCUGGAUGUACACCUGAAAAGCACUUUGAUUGGCUGCGGAUUUUUAAUCUGGUGCAUGUUCCACCCAGACGGAUGCAUUAUGCACGCGUGUCUGGAGCUUCUGGUGGGAUGCCUCCUUUGCAAUUUCUUUUGUCAGAGAUACGGCCGUGCCUUUGAAAUCUUCACUUGAUGGUUCAUCUACGAGAGGUGGAAUUUUGUUGUGGUGGAAACAGCAAAAUUAUUCGCUGCAAAUUAAUCACUGCAACAACGUCGUGGACUAUGCGCCACAGACCCAAAGUAGAUACCGCUGCUACAAUGCACGUCUACACAGGUCUUCACGUGAGAUGUUUACCGCUUGGAGGGACGAUACAUGACGUCCAUUAUGUCCUCCACGAAGCAAUAAAUGAACUGCGUCCGUAGAUAAGACGAACCAUUGAAAGGAUUUAGUUUAGGGAAAGUUACUCAAGGAACCCACGGUGUGAUAGUAUGUGCGCCGCUACAUUGAACAGCGCGCUACUUGAUGCAUUGUAUCGCAAUUAAAGAGAUACUGCUACUGUUCCGUAA